AUGGCAUCUUCUAAUUUGUCUGAAAAAUCGUCGUCGAACUCAUCUGAUAUCCAGUACGCUGCUUCUACAGGAACAUUUCUUGUUUUGUUCAUUUUGGCAGGGACUAUCUGCAACGGUUUGAUAAUAGUUAGUAUACUGUCUUCGAAAAAACUCAGGAGUUCCGCUUUUCAUUUACUGUCAAUAAACCUUGCAGUUGUUAACAUUUUGGAAUGUCUCCUGAACAUGACUUUCAAUUUGACAACUGUCAUGUCAGAAGAUACGUUGAAGGGUGUGAGCACUGUUUGCAAAGUAAACGCCUUUUUUAUAAGUAUUGUAUGGAUCGAAUCCAUUCUGGGCAUUACAUUUAUGGUUGUUGAAAGAAUGGCAGCAAUGAAAAAUACAGACAAAAUUGAUGUUAUACAACGACCGAAACGCAUUGCUAUUAUGGUAGCAUACACCUGGGUGCAUUCAACUGCAUUCAGCCUCCCUCUUGCCACCGGUCUUGUGCCUGUUAGUGUUUAUUCUGACAUCAACUCCUGUCUCAUUUCGGUAAAAUCUUCAGCUGCCUAUAUUGGAACUUUGUGCCUCUGUUGUCUGAUAGGUCCAAUUGUUGUGACUGUGAUCUUAUAUAUUAUAACCAUGAAAAAUGCCUUUGCCGAAAAGUCCUCAGUUCAGGCUCAAAUGACUCGUCAUCAAUAUUCUAAUGAUGUUGAUGAACCAAACUUUUAUAAGGAAUUCGCCGGAGCAAAAUUUUCUGGAAUAAUUUUAAUAAGCUGGAUAUUCUUGUCUGCACCAUUUGUGGUAUCUAUCUUUGUGUAUUUAUAUGGAUACAGUGGCAUGAAUUUAGAUUCUGGGUUAAAAACAUCACAUUCAUCUAUUAUGUAUUUUUUGCUACUUUGGUUAAAGUAUUGUAAUGUUUAUAUUCUUCCGUUAUUUUCACUUUGUUAUAAAAAAGAAUUUUGGUUAAAUUUUAGAGACGUUUUAUUUUGCAAGAAAAAGAACUCUGUAAAUGAUGUUGCGAACAAAAACAACAGAUUGAGUCUUGAUAGCCAAGAUAAGAUAGAGAGAAUAGAAUCAGGAGAAAAGAAAAUAAAAGAAGAAAAAAUGAAGGAAGCAUUUAUUCACAAUUCUGGAUUUCAAGUUCCAGUGUUAUUUGCCACAGCAAAAGGUGUACAUAUACAGACAUCCGAGUCUGAAGUUAUUGUUGAUGAUCAUGGGACUGUUGGAAAGAAAUGUGAUGUGUUUGGAUCUCAGGAGAAGCUACACCAAUUUGGAGAAGACACAAGUGACUAUGAUUCUAGUAAUGAGCUGGAUCCAUUUUCUGUAUCACACCCAGUUUCCACAAAAAAUUUAAGAAACCAAACUCAUACUUCAUUGCAACAUAGAUCUAGCUCACAGCCAGAAGUCAGAACUAAAGGGCAGACUUCUGACCAACCAACAUCUAUUACAGUCACCUCAGCUGUCGAUUCAGGAUUGGACAUCAGUGGUAUGAAUAAGAGUGGACGUUACUCAAGUCCAAAUUUGACGUAUGACAGGAGUGUGUCUUGUCCUUCAGGGGAUACCAAUACAUCGCAUCAAUCAUUCAUUUCAACAUCACAAAAUACAAUGGAUACCACAGUAAGUGAAAGCAAUGUGAACAGUACAAGCUCAAAUGCUGAAGACAAUCAAAUACCAGAAACAGAAUUAUUUGCUCAAAAAGAGGGAUGUGAAAACCAUGCAUAUAGUGCUGACACAAGUGAUAUAGAAAGGUGCAAUAACUCAUCUGGUCAAAGACAGACUGACCAAAUGAGUGACCAGGCAACAGAUACUGAGAUUACAUUAGACAAAAAUAUUCCAGGUUUACAAGAUGGUGCUGCCACUGGUUGUAUUGUGGUGAAAAAUGAAGUUUUAAACCUACCAAGCAAUGAUAGUGUGGACAUUUCAGGUGUCAUGCCAGCAACACCAAGCAAAAAGAAAAAGAAACAUAAAAAGCAAAAUAAGAGUUCAAAUUACACUGGAAUUUUACGAAAUGGAAGUGAGGAGCUGAGUCCUCCUAGACCUCCACCAAGACUGGCACCAUUACAAGGUUGUCACCAGCCUCUGUAUCAGAGAAUGACUGAAACAGAAACUGCUGCAUCAUCUGAUGUUCCACAGAACAGUAAUUCAGAAGGGGCAACGGGAGUUACAUCUCACAAAGCUGCAGUAUAUGAAGUAAAACAUGACAGAAAGACAAAAAACAAAACAAAACAAAGAAAUGCUGACAGUCAAAGCCAAACUUCAUUACUAGAUUCUGGAAGUUCUGCAGAAUUAAAAUGUUUGAAAGAUUCUAUGUUUGGUGUAUCAGAAUCUGAUGGAUAUUCCUCACAAGUGUUGGAAGUUACAACACCAAGUGCUUGUAAUCUGGUAGAUCUUUCUAAGGAGUUUGGACGCAUUUCUCCAAGCCAGACCCAACAUUCUCAUGCAGAUUGA